GUAGAGUUGUUGUAGAGUCUGAGGUGAAGGUGUUGUGGGUUUCUGGGUAUUUUCUGGAGUAUUACCGCAGCUCCGGGUCUGUCCUGACAUUUGGAAAUGAGUGAUGUUAUUUCUGAAAGCCAAAAUGGCGUGUCUGACUGCAAGGGCGCGAGCGUGCACGGCGCGCGCGGGCCAAGACAUGUGGGCGGGAAAAUGCCGCUGCGCCUCUACUCGGGUCUUUCCGGCAGCCUCCGAAGGGGCCGAACACGCGCGGUGCGCCGAGGGAAGAGAGCAGCAGCACCCGGAGAAACCGAGCCGAUCAGCAGCGGGAAACAGCGGAGCGACCCGGGCGGCCGAUAUUUACCCAGUUUUCCGUCGGGGAAACAGGGCAGGGGGGUGGGCUGGGGGCUCGGGCACAGAAGAAUGAGAGAGCCCUCUUACCGGAGGGGGCGAAAACAUGAACGGGGCCGUGUACAUUUCGUUUUUCCAGGGCCAGCUGGAGUCCGUGCUGGAGCAAGUCGUUCAGCUCGCCGUCCAGGAAAUCAGCAAAACGGUGGGCUCCAGCCUGAACGCGCUGCUGCUGGAGACGGCCGUGAAGGAGCAAGAAAACCGCCGGCUCCGGCUCCAGCUGCAGUCGCCGGAGAGCCAGGGCCGAGCCAUCGCGAGCGCCUCCGACGGCUCCGGAGGCUCCGUGGCGGCGGGUAAGAACAAGGCUGGCGAGGGGGCGGACGGCGGCGGCAGGACAAAGCCCGAGCAGCAGCAGCAGCAACGGCAACACGCUCCCGGAGGGCAGGGCACCGAGCCCAGCUUCCCCACCGACACACGCCGCCUGGAGCAACGAGGACGAGUCGUGGACCAGCUGAAGUCGGUCAUGGAGCAGGUCCUGGACUUCGCCGUGCGCGAGCUGACGAAGAUCGUAGAGGCCUCGUUCGACGACCUCCUGCUGGAGAUCACCAAGAUGGAGAGAGAGCAGCAGCUCCUGGAGGAGAAACUGGGCAAGACCUCUGACAGAGGGGGAGGAGAGAAGGGGAGAGAGAGGGGAGAGGAGGGGGAGGAGGGGGAGAGAAGGGGAGAGGAGGGGGAGGAGGUGGUGGUGGGGGGAGGAGGAGAGGAUCAGAGAACGACUCUGUGUCACCCAGCGGGUCGGAGGACGCCCGGGAGGAGCUGGGUGAGGUCACGGUGUCCAAGGAGACGACAGAGACAGAAGGCCCAGAGCGUCCUCCAGUCCUCUCGGUCUCUCAGGACUGGGUUCCGAUCCUGGACAAGGUCUUCGGUCAGAAGUGGUGCAGCGACGUCUGGCAGAUUAAGGAGCUCGCCGGGGGAGGAGGUGAAGGAGGAGGAGGAGGGAGGGGUCAGGGUGAAGGACAGGUGGAGCAGGUGGAGCCUCUCCCCGCCCCCUCGGUGA